AUGGUCCAAGAAUUAGAAACCAGUUUGGUCACAGCCUCUCCGUACUCAUUGAUUUCAUUCCCAGAAAUUCGAAAUGUUGACAUGGAUUUCUUGAUUGAUGUCAUGAGAAUUUUAGUUGGAGUGGGACAAGACAGAGUUUAUGAAAGGAAUGGUGUCACUACAAAAUUUAAAGUUAUUAUAAGGAUUAAAUGUGCACUGUUUGGAUCCUAUGUUGAUGAACUGGAUGCAUAUUUGCAAUCCGGUUAUAAUAAAAAUAUUGUUGUACUUGCUCAGUUUCUAAAAGUGAAGAUGUUUAAUGGUAAAAGUAAACUACAAAAUGCAAUGAAUUGUACUAAGCUUUUAUUCAACCCUGAAAUUCCUGAGUUAGUUUCUUUCAAACUCAAACACUCGCAUAACUUUGACUCGCCAAUUCAACCAUUGACUCAUAAGAAGGAUACUUCUCAUCUAAGUUUAGAAGAAGAAUUUUUAAGUCUUUUCCAACGCAUGACUAUAGAGGAACUUAAGGAUUGUCAAAAUGACAUGGUUUGUGUUGUCUUUGGUACAUUUAAACAUAUUCUUGGUGAAGGUGAUUGGUGGAAUGGAGCAUGUGUAUGCAACAAAGGAGUUGUUAUUGAAUCUAAAAGGUACCGUAUCAAGGUUAGAGUCGUUGAUGAUACUGAUUCUGCUACCUUUGUCAUAUUUGAUCAUGACGGAAUUUCGCUAACAAACAAAUCAUGUCUAAAUUUGUUUCAUGAAAUGGAUCAAGAUCCACAAUCUGACACCGUGCCAAAAGAAAUUGGAGAUUUGGUUGAAAAACAAUUGCUAUUUAAGAUAGAGGUUGAUGUUGGUCUUGAUAACGACAUAGAAGGUGGUGUAAUGAAUGAUUUGAAUAAUAAGUUUGAAGAAGAAGCUACUGAUGACAAAUAUCAAGCCCCAAACUCUGUCCAUGUAUCCGUACCAGUUGAAUAUGAUUCUGAUGAUUGUACCCCUUUUAAAAGGAGAUUCAUAGAAGUCGCUAAUGAUAACGAUGAAGUCAAUUCAUAG